GACAAAGCUCGUGGCAACUCCAAAUGACGCAAAUAUGGCAAGCACAGUAUACUCCGGACUUACCAGGGCCACCCCCGUGAUUGGUCACAUGCCGACCGUGGUCUUACCACGGCAACAAUCCGCUAGACUACUUUUGGCUAAACGUCAAUACGGCCGGAAUCGUCUGAAUCUAUCGAAGAUCGUCUUGUUUGACCCCAUCUUCUCUUCAAUUCCUACAACAACUACUCGGCAAGCUCAGCCCCCUAAACAUACCAGCUCGCAGGGUCUUCAUUCACCCCCGGGACCAUGUCGACCCGAACUUCGUCGUCCCUGACAGGUCACGCGACUCCAAUGGAGCCCCGAAAAUCCACCACCAGGACGGUCGCGCAAAGAAAGGUCUACGGCAAAAGACGAACCAACGCACCAAGAGCUGUCUUUGAUCAGAACAGCCCAGCAAAGACGAAACAAACAUCCACCGAUAUGGGCAAUACCGUCGAGGCUCUUCAGACAAAGCUGGCCAAAGUGUCAAUCAAGGACGAACCAGUCCCUGAGCAGCAGGAUUCCGACACCACGGCCCAGAGAUAUGACGUUGAGCAGGAAGUAACUAUUGAGGAUGUAUCUUUGGCCGAGGAAACAUCAAGCACAGCAAUCACACCGGAGGCCAUCGACACCUCCUGCGAAAAGUCAUCGCCUGAAGCGCCACCGCUUACACAAAAAUCUUACGAGACAAUGGUGGAGGUUCGAAUCAGCAAUCAGCAUGGGAAAAAGACGUCUUCAAAUACCCAGAAACAGCAGGACGAUAUUCCAGCUACCGAAACGAGAACACCGAGGAAGAAAAGCACCAAUCCCACCCGGCGAAGAUCGUCCGGCUUCGUCCACGACACCAAAGCAAACGCCUACGUCCGCCCUAUCCUUAAAGAGGCGCUAUCCUCCAUCGCAUCCCAGGGUAUCCAAAAAUUCAGUGCAUGGGCCUCCCGCUCCGCAACAAUGUUCCAGGUUGUCAAACUUGCCGAAGGCUCCUACGGUGAAGUUUACAAACUCCACCUCCGCGACGAAGCUUCCCGACCACCAGUAUCCAAUUCUAAGCUGGCUAGACUCCGUGCCUACGGAGACGGAGUCUUCAAGGUAGUCCCGCUCUGUGCCCAACGUGGGCCGCGCUCGAAGAAGUUCACAUCCGUUGCAGAAAUUGUCUCCGAGGUCAAACUGCUGAAAUACUUGGAUCCGAUUCCUGGGUUUGCGCGGUUCAGGGAGAUUCACGUUGUGCAGGGUCGUUUUCCCGAAUCUUUCCAGAGUGCAUGGGACUAUUAUAAAGAGACCAAGGAUGAUUGCUGGAAUCCUGAUCCCUCUAGUAAGAAGGCGUAUCCGGAUACUCAGCUGUGGGCUAUUAUUGAGAUGGAUGAUGCGGGGUGCGAAUUGGAGAAGUUCUGUUGGUCCUCUAUCUUCCAAAUUUAUGAUAUCUUUUGGGGCGUGGCGAUGGCUCUGGCGCGGGCUGAAGAAUAUGCGAUGUUUGAGCAUCGCGAUCUUCACUUGGGCAAUGUGUGUAUUCGCUCUACCCGACCAGAUGGCAGCAUGGAUCCACCGAAAGAGCUCGACAUUGCACGUCAAUCUUCACCAAGCGGCUUUGGCUAUAGUGGUCUCGAGACUACGAUCAUCGACUACUCGCUCUCGCGCGCUGAUCUGCGUCUAGCUGAUCGACCUGAUGAUCCCGAAGGCGCCAUAGAGAUCGCGUCAUCUGACCUAGACAAAAGGCAAAUUUUCGAUGCAAUCGGCCAAGAUGAGGACGAGGCUCUGCUGAGAGACACAUACCGCUAUAUGCGAGCAACACUAUACACCGGUAUCCCCACCGAAACAGAAAAAACCCCAGAUUUACCGGGCAUCUGGGCCGAGUACGCGCCGCGAACGAAUCUCGUCUGGCUUCUCUUCCUGCUCAAGAAUCUCUUGAGAAACCGCAAAGCCGAGCCUACACAACCUACUUCCAAACCAGAGCGAAAGGCUCUUGCGGGCUGCUCGACCAACCGAGCAUUGAUGAGCCCACAGUCAAAUGGCAAGGCGCUCAAGGCGAAAGAUAUCAACUCGGAAGGUGACCUUCUCCGGAAGCGACAAGCUAAGGACAUCCAGUCCCGAAUCUUCCAUCUCAAGCAAACGCUCGAGGAUAGACUACAGUGCGUUGUUGAUCUUUUGGAUCUCGAGAACGGUCAUGAGGAUAUGUGUUGCGCAGCGGAUCUGGUUGCUUACGCGAUAGACUCCCAGUGGUUGGCUGAGCAAGACUUUUUCUGAAACCUGUGAUGGGUAGGCCAUCUUGUAGCAAUAUUUUGCAUUUUGUGGAGUCAUGUCUAGGCGCUCUUUGACUUGUUAUACCUGAGUAUAUUUGAGGGGAAUUCUGGCGCAUUCACUACGGAGUUGGUAACAUUCUUUUACAUUGCAUAUAGAGUUUGCCUGUGCAAAUCGAUAUCAAUCUGACAUUUAUCUGGCAUAACCAGCUAUUUCUGAAAUACGAAAUUCUAUCGUUCAAG